AUGAGAAGAAUGAUCGAGUAUAUGCCGACGGCGUGGCGUGUUGUUGGAAGAGUCAGAGGCAUAGCUCUCUCUAGAGAUCGCUUUCAGUUCAUCUUCCAGCGUGAAGAAGACCUCCUUACUGUGCUCAAGGACAGACCUUGGUCAUAUAAUCACUGGACUAUAGCUCUUGAACGAUGGACGGCUGACCCUCCUCCUGACUUCUUGCGUUAUAUGGAGAUCUGGAUCAGAAUCAAAAACAUACCGAUGAAGUUCUUCACUGGUGAUACUAUGCACAGACUGGCGUCCGAAAUUGGUCAUGUUGAGUUGGUGGCUUACGAUCCUAAAGUCUCUCACACAAAGGACUACAUCCGUGUUCUGAUAACCUUUGAUUCGGAGAAUCCAGCUAAACCUUCUCGCAAGCUUACAGUGAGCAAGGACAAAACAGUUACAGUAGAGUUUGAGUAUGAGAGGAUCCAUAAAAAAUGCCAUCAUUGCUUCCGUCUUACUCAUGAGAAGUUUAGAUGCCCAGUAUUGCAGAAUGCUCCUAAACAGAACUCACAGACCGCUACUCCCUCAUCUAGUGGUGAGAAAUCCCCCUCAGAAAUCAUCCCAACCAUUGCGAAGAAGGUGACUACUGAGGCUCCUCCUGGAUUUCCUGUGAUGUUCCCGGAACUUCCUCCUGAGGAACGAAAGGCUGCUCUACUCUACAUAUCUCACUCUGAUGCUACUGAACGUCAAGCAAGGAUAAUGAGAGUCAGACAGGCUAUAGAGGAUCAAGGUCAGUCACAUGUUGCCGCACCAGCGAGAUUCACUUCGAAUCUUGAUAAUGGUAAAGGCCAUGUGUUCUGUUACCCGGAGUCAGAUCAUGAUCACUCUCCUCCAGCUCGUCAGCGUGCUCGAACAACAGGCUCUCUGCCUUUGUUGGGAGAUCAAUAUGAUCAGGAAGGCUACUCUAAAACUGAAGGCUCUGGUAUAGCAGGUGACUCAGCGCCUAAUAUCACUACGGGUUUUCAGAUUGGUAUGUCUUCACAGACUCCAUCUGCCGGUGAUAGUAAGGUCGUGAAAGUUGCUCGUCGUCGACCCCCCUCAUGGAAGAGGAAAGCUCAGGCCCUGAAGUCUACCACUCGUAUCAUUUCUCCUUCUGAUCAGGCGCCUAUCCCUCCUGAGUCUGGUAGUAAGCGUAAGACUGAGUCUGCUUCUAUGUCUCCGUCUAAGAAAAGUUCUACUCCAACAACCAAUUCGGUGGCUUCCGGUUUGAAGCCGCUGCACAUCCAAUGA